AUGCUGGCAAGAUGCGCAGACGUCACACAUCUGCCGCCAACCCCAGAACAGAUCCUAAGCGCGAGGCUCGCUCAGCAGCGCCGUGGACGCGUCAUGCUCCAGGUCGACCUUCGUCCUGAUGGCGUUGUUGAAGUCAACAACAUCCUGGAGGUGUUUCCGCAGCGAGACGCGGGGUUCGGCCAGCGCGUCCAGAGUUACGAUAGGGGAGAUGGUGGUUCCGAAGACUUUGCCCUUGAGUCGGCCAAGAGAACUUUCAAGACCUUGGAUGUCGCGGGCUGUUCAAUUCGAGGAGGACUGUGA